AUGUCUGCAAUUCAAAAAGCUUGUAAAGUGAUUCCUGCGUCAAAGAUCGCCAAGUCUUACAUCCAAGAAGUCACGGAGAAGACAGCAGCUCUAUCCAAGAAGCCAAAGCUUGUUGGUCUUCUUGCCAAUGACGAUCCUGCGGCAAUGAUGUAUGCCACUUGGACGGGUAAAACCGCCAACAAUCUCGGUUUCCAGUACGAGCUUAUCCAGGUCAACAAGGAUCAGCUAGAGGAAGAAAUCUACAAAUGCAACAACAACGAUGACAUCAAUGGUAUGAUUGUGUACUUCCCGGUGUUUGGUAAUCACCAAGACCAGUAUUUGCAGCAGUGUGUCUCCAUCCAUAAAGACGUUGAAGGUCUUAACUUUAAAUACAUCUCCAACAUGUACCACAACAUCAGGUAUCUAGAUCACAACAAAACUAUGAAAUCCAUCCUACCUUGUACCCCGCUAGCAGUGGUGAAAAUCUUGGAGUAUAUUGGAGCUUACAACACAGUUCUUGAACCGGGCGCUAGGUUGUAUGGUAAGACAAUCACCGUUGUUAACAGAUCGGAAAUUGUCGGCAGACCUUUAGCUGCGCUAUUGGCUAACGACGGUGCUAAGGUUUACUCUGUAGACAUCAAUGACAUUCAGCUAUAUGAAAGAGGUGAUGGAUUAAGGUAUAAGCAACAUAAGGUGCAUGACUGUAAUAAAUCCUUGGAAGAGUGUGCCAAGGAGUCAGAUAUAAUCAUCACUGGUGUUCCAACAAAGACUUAUAAGUUUCCAUCCAACUAUAUCAAGCGGGGUGCUAUCUGUAUCAACUUUUCCAGCGAGAAGAACUUUGUUGAUGAAGAAGUUGAAAAGGUGGCUUCCCUCUAUGUUCCUUCCAUAGGAAAAGUUACCAUUGCCAUGUUGUUGAGAAACUUGUUGAGAUUGAUGAACAACAAAAAGGCUGUUGAUGCUCCUAAUGUCGAGCCUCCUAUCGAGCCAACUGAUAAACCACAGAAAAUAUAA